AAGAGCAACCGCCGCACACGGUUUAGUAGAGAGAACGAGAUACCGGAGAUUGGAGCGAAUUAUUCGUAGCAGCUGCGGAAACGAACAGUGAGUGGAUGACAGAAUUCUCCAGUCAGUCAAGCAACAGAUAAAAAAGUGACAGUCCGAUCGGCUAAAGGGAAGCAGAAUUUGUGAUUUGUUGUCUUCCAUUGGUGUUUUUGGGACAUAUCAGUGAAAGUUAGUUUUAGUCAAACGACUUGAAGUGCGAAGUUUACAGCCAAAAAUUGAGUAAACAAGUGGUCACGAUUCGCGAGUGAGCAAAAACAGUUGCACUUUGUGCUGGUGAAGAAGAGCUCGGUUCGAUAUCUGGAACAUUCCUACAAGUGCCAACUCAGUGCGGAAAGCUGGCAGCGAUGAAAGCGAUGUACAUUCUAUUGAUUGGGGCCUUGCUGGCGACCGGCUAUGCAUAUCCAGCCAGCAAAGAUAGCAAAAGCAACCCCGCGGAUGAUGCAGAGUUCGUCGUAGUCCCGUUGGAGCAUCAGAGGCCAUCCUACUUCAACCGCUAUCCGAGCAGCUUUGACGCAUUCGAUGGUGUGUUGGAUACUGACGAUUUCCCUCAUCAGGGUCAGAGUCCGAUCUUCUUCCCAUCGAUCAACCCGUUCACGUGGCAGUUCUCGUCUUAUCUCGACGAUCUGAUGAGACGGUUCCGUGAUCGCUUUGCCGGUUCGUGGAAUCCGUUUUACGGUGGAAGCGACUUUGCCCCGUCCGGACCAGGACUCUGGCCAAUCGAUAUCCCGGAUGACUCUUCCGAAGGUGGAAAGACCAAUACGACAUCCACUGUUAAAGUUAUUGACGGCCACAAAGUCAUAAUCAACGACACGUACUACACCAAGAAGACCGACUUCGGAACAUCCAUUUUCAAGGUUCGUGUGGUCGAUGUCAAACCGCUGGAUGAAGAAGGUGCUGAUAAGCCUUCUACGGAUGGUCCAAUAGAGACCGGAAACCGUGUGGGAACUGAAGAAGGCAACGAACCGAAAAAACCCGCCGGCACUGAUGCCGAUGAAGAGAAGAAUUCGGCCACAGAGGGUCCCAAACGGGACACCGAAUUGGAGUCCAGUGACGAGGAAACAACUCCAGCCGACGAAAGUUUGAAUACCAUUAACAACGACAUCGACAGUGCCAAAAAGGAAGAGGUUUUGGAAUCCUUACCGCUAUCAGAAGUGAAUUCCGUCCCUUUGGAAUCGCAGGAACGCAAUAUGUUGCGCCACAACUACAUCUACAAGAGUCGAGAGGACGCCGAAUCCACCGAGAAUACCGACGAUGAUGUAUUCUCUCCGGACGAAUGGAAACAGUACCACGACGAGCGUAAAAGAAUCACCGUUCCGGUGUACAACAGACCGAAUCGAUUCCCAACCACGAACCAGCACCAAUUUGAUGCCGCUGGAACCGAUUCCUCAAAUCCGACCGUGAUCGAUCUCUCGAAUGACAUUGCCAUCAACUAUCUGCCAGCGAACGAGGCAAUUCCGCUCCAUCCGGACGUGGAAGUCUUCGCACCGGUCCGGCGCCGACGUCCGGCUCAACAAGAUCCGAUGCAGCCCUUCCCGGUGCCGUUUCCUACAUUCCCGCAACCUUACCCAGGCGGUAAUCGCUAUCCGGUGUCGUUUCCCAACCAGUUUGCCCCUAAUCAGUAUCCCCAAGGACCGGGCUUUCCCGGUGGUCAGAUUGUUCCACUUUUUCCCACACCUACCGAGGGGCAGUUUCUGGUGCGACGACCCGCAAAUUUGAUGAUGGGUCUACCAUCGAGGUUUCCUGUCGGUUUUCGUGAGGUGAGGCCUUGAGUCAAUGAUGACCAGACUGGUUAGGUUUCGGUUAACUGUGGAGUAUUUAUUGUGUAGAUUUAAUAAUUUAUUUAUUUAUUUGUAGUUGUAAAAGUAGAAGUUCUAAUAGCUAAGUGUUAUAAUCUCACGUAAACCAAAGAUCAGUUCAAAACUGCUAACAUUGAUUACUGGGAGCACUGAAAAUAACAGCAUUUUUUGAAUAUUAUUUAUUUAUUUAAUAAUUUAGGACGACAUCAAAAUAAAGUUUUUGCUAUGUGACAGACUUCAUGAAUUGAUAAACUAUUUGCUCAAUGUUUGUAACGAAGGUAAAAUUCGCAUAGCUGUAAAAAAUUGUGGAGAUUAUAACGCAAGAGAAGAAUUGGGAAACAUUCGCUAGAAUAGAAUUAGGUUGUUGCAUUUACAUGUCGACUGUAGCGGUAUUCAGCACCUUGUGUUUAAUAAGAUUGACUGAAAUUACUAAACUAAACAUUUUUCAGUACUGAUUGGUCAUUAUAGUUUUCCAUGCCACUGUCUAGAAGAAGAUUUUCGACUCCAGAGUCUAAUUAUUUUUGAUGAUUAAAGUUAACAUUGUCAACAUGUAUAAUAAAUUAUUCAAUAGGACAAAAUA